AUGCCAGCCAUUACCGAUGCAUCGUUCAUGGCUGAUCGGCUGUUGCAUGGCGGCUCGUUGAUGAUCAUUGGAAAGUGCUGCCCCCGUCAAUUGAUUUGUCUUAAUAUUGAACAAAUGUGUACUUCAAAAGUAGACGAAAAUCAUGUCAAUAUUCUUAAAAAGUAUGAAUUUUCAAAACUGUUCAUUAAUGAAUUAUAUUUAAACAAGUAUAAGAAUUUGCAAAAACAUUUACAAGAAAUAGAAGAACAGAAGGUGAUGAGUUUAAAAAAAAAGGAAAAUGAGAGAAAAAGUAAGGAAGAAGAUGCAGAGAAUCAACAAUCAGAUGCACGCAUAAGUUCUAUAAGUGAAACCGAAGAAGAGUCCAAGUACAAUGCAAUUACAAGGAAUGGAAAACAACAAAGAAGUGAUUAUUUUGAAGAAGAGGUAACCUUAUUAUCAUCAGAUACAGAAAGUAAUUCUGAAGGAUCCAUUUUAGAAGUACCAAUUCCACCAAAACCACAACCACCAGUUAUAAAUUUACAAGAUUCUGACGAAGGUGCAAGUACAUCAAGUAGUCAUACUGAUACGGAUACUGACUGCUUAUUUAGAAUUGAGGGUAAAAAUAAUUCGACAAAAAUGAAUGAAAAAACAUUACAUACAUGUAUAGGAAAAGCUACCCAUAUUGACAAUAGACUAAUAAAUCAUACGACAGAAGAUAUAGUGUUAAAUUGCACUGACAUUCAAAAGGGUUUAUCUAGCAUAAAAGAAAUAAAAGAAAUCAGUAAACAGGUGCAAAACAAAUCAAUAGAAUCUAAUAACGAAGAUCAGAAUUCUUCUGUAAGAAAGACUAAGAAAUCAUUAUCUACUAGUGAAAAGAAUAACAUACCUGAGUAUCAAUUGCCAUUAGAACCUAUUAACAAUAGCAAUAUUGUAUAUGAAAGAGAUAAACAAAAAUUAAUAUCUUCCAUGGAAGAUGUAACUAAUUUUGAAACUUGUAAUCAAGCAAGUUCAAGUAGAAAAAGGCAAAGAGAAAAUGAUAAUGAGGCUCCUGUUGCUACAAAACAGAAAAAACACUCAUACACUGAAAAUAUAUGUUCUGAAGUAAAUCCUGAUCAACAUGUGGUCAAGGGUAAAAUUAAUCCAGAUUCAUGGGAAGAAUAUUUCUUUCGUCCUAUGCCUGAUAAUCUUAAAAAGUUUUAUAAUGAAUCAAGAGGUCAGGAAAAUUUCAGUGUUCAGGAAGCACAAAGUAAAAUGUCAAAGGAUCCACGACUUUGGGCUAUUUUAGAUGAAGACCUGAUGCCAAAUCUGUCAAGGCAAAAAUGCUUUUGGAAUGUCAAGUGUAAUAAUUGUAACCAAGCAGGCCAUCAAUCGUAUAAUUGUUCAGAACCUUAUAAACCUCUCCGUUGUCGCAUGUGCGGUACACAAGGACACACUGAAACACGAUGUCCUCAGAAAAUGUGCCUCACGUGUGGUAAAAAGCAAGGUACAUUUAGAAAAACUUGUGAUUCUUGUCGUACAUUGUAUUGUGGAAUGUGCAGAGCUGUAGGACACAAAUCAACAGAGUGUCCUGAUCACUGGAGAAAAUUCCAUCAAACAACACGUAGUACUGACAUAAACAUCCCAGAAAAUUUAUCUGAAGUUAUGAAACCUGCAGAUCUGCUUUAUUGUUGUAAUUGUACCAAGCGCGGACACGAUUUCUCUACUUGUCAUGAAUACCGUUGGUCCCAACACUUUCCAACGCCUGUAUAUGUAUCGAACUAUAGGAAUGAAUCAAGAAACGUAGGCUCUAUGAACAUGAACAUUGGAAGUGCCGACAUUAUACCAUUAACUAAGAGAACAAAAACUAAAAAUCAGCAUCUUAAGAAUGUGACAUUUUACCAAGGACUAGACAAUCUAAAGGGUUGCCCCGUUUUAUAUUCAUAUGGUACUUUUCAUACAAACAAACCAGACGGCGAAGAAAUCAAAAGAAGACUUUCACUUGAUGUAGCACGUCGAGUGGAAUAUUUCUUGAAAGACAAUAUUGCUCCGCCUUUCUUUGAAUCAUUAAUGGAAAUAGUUAAAUUUGAAUUAAUGAUAUUUCGAAUUUCACAAAAAGUGUUACUAAUAAGAAUUCGAUCAACAUCUGGUAUUGCAAUGCACAUAUAUGAAAUUUUUAUUUUUUGGCUGAAACUGGAAAAUGAAGACAAGCAUCUAAACUUCCACAUAAAUUUACCACGCAAUUAUAAUAAACUGGUCACCUUCUUGAAUACAGAGUCUAGGAGAUGGAAACAGGAUGCUCUCCGACAUGACCCUUACACUAUUUAUGAUCAGAUAGAAAAGUUAGAAAGGUCAAGGAUUCACGAUGGUGAUCCUGCUAUGUUAAAUGAAACUGCAGAAAAAAUAUUAAAUCUACGAACUAAAUUACUAAAAAUUUAUCAUAUGAGGCCAAAGAUAUCCUAUUUGGUACAAAACAUACGAGCACAUAUAAAAAGACUAAGAAAAAAUAGAAACAAGAUGCAAACUCCAACGGCGGAAAUUGAUUUGGAAAAUUACAUGGGAAUUAUUUGUCUAUACAAUCAAAUCUGUAUACCUCGUACAUUAACAGAAGAAGAAUUAACUACUUUUCUCCAAAAAUUUUACAAGUUCGUAAACAAAUUACAAAGUAAUAGUAAGUCAAAAGCGGUACAGCUACAGAGAAAUACUAAUUUAAUUGAUACUGCAACUUUGUCAAAAGUUACUUCGAAACAAAGCGAGGAAACGCCUAUUGUGACGUCAACUGAAAUGUCUUCAACUAGUAAUAUUCAACUCAAUGAUAAUGUUAGAAAAUCUAAUACAGGACCUGUUGUAAGCGAAGAAUGUAAUAUCGAAGAAGUUACUAUCGCGGCAAUCACUCCUGUUUAUCCUACAACACUUAUACAAAUACCAUGUAGUGAAGAUACAAGUAAUGAUAAAGUGAAAGAGACUGUAGAACAAGUUCAACAAGAUGUUGUCUUAUCUAAUGUAAUCGCACCAUCUCUUGAGAAACCUUCGUGCUCGUAUAGAAUAUCACAGCAGCUUAAUAAUAAUGACCAGUUAAAGUGUGUGCCUUCUACAGAAAAGAAAAAUUCUGAGCAUACCACACAGGAAGAUACAGGAACAAUGAAAAGUAAUAAUAAUAUAACAGCAACCAACUUACAGCAAGAAAAUACAAUCAAUCUUGCAGUAAAUGUUGCGACAAAGAAAAAGAAGAAAAAGGCAAAAAUGGCAAAACCACAUGUAGAAAAUAAUUCACAAGUUAAGGAAAAUGAAAUGACUAACGUGGAUGUAUCUAUAGAAAAUAAGGCACAGAAGGUAAUAACUGAAGCCCUUGAAUUCAAUUCGCCAUACAUGAACAAAGCUGUGGAAGAAAUACACAAACGAAUAAGUGACAGAAACAUUAAACAAGAGCACAUAGAUGUGCUGCAAAGACUAAUAAAUUUAGAAAAAGAGCACCGGCAAUACGUGAGUUCAUUCUGUAAUUAUUUGAAAUGA